CAGCAAUGUAUUUAUCAAAACCAUUAUCACAUUACUUUCCACUUCAAUAUCCAACUUUACCAGAAUUGCCUUAAAGAGAAUUCCCUAAGUUGAUUUAUGACUCUAGAUACGAAAUAGAAGAUAAAUAUUACAGAAAUUAAAUCUAAAAUCAAUAACAGCAAGAUUUUACAUAAGCUCAAUAGGAACAUCAAAAUAUGGAAAGAACUUUUAACAAAUACAACUAAGUUUAACAAGAUUUUAAAACUAUGAAUUAAACAUAGAGCAAUAAAUUAAAUACUAAUUAACAGCAUGAACCACCAAUUUCUCAAAAAUACAAUUAAAUUACAGAUUCAGACAUUAGGUUUGUUUCUUAUGUGUUUUAGGAAGAAAUUCAAUUUAGAAAAGAAUUCGUUUAAAUUAACAAGAAAUUAAAACAACUUUAACCAAACCUAUUAUAAUUAUUUUUUGCAUUCACAUCUGAUAAUCAUUAUGUAAUAAUUAAUUAAAUUUAUAGAAAAUUGAGAAGUUUAAAUUUUUGGAAGUUCUUUAAUCUUAUUAAGAUGACAUUAAAGUUUGUGAUUUAGAAUUGUUAUUUAGCUACUUGAAUAAUUGGAAACGUUCCUAAUCUAUUACUUAUGGAUAAUUUCUCUAACUUAUAAUCCCUUAUGUUAAAUAUGAUGAAAUGCCUGACCCUGCAGAUUUAAAGUAUCAAUAGGAUUCCCCUACAUAAGAAUAAAUGGAAAUUUUUUGUAGAUUAAUUUAAAUGAAAUUAUAAAUGAUGUCUACUCUUGAAUACUACAGACAAAAAAUUGAUAAAGCUCUAAUCAAUUUAGUGUAGAUUUUUGAAUUCAUAGACCAAGACAAAGAUGGAUGGAUCAAAGCAUUUGAAAUCACUAAACUUUUAUGUAAUUUAAUUCAAUUUAUUAAUUUUUAGAAUAAUUUGGCUAUUUAGUUACUAUUGAAGAAGCUUCACUUGUUUUAUAAGAUAUUGAUGAAAGAGGAUAAAUUAACAUCAAUCAAUUUGUCCAUUAUUACAAACCAAAAUCUUAAGCAAUAUAUUUAUGA